AUGAGGCCUCCCAGAGGGCGUGGCGGCGGUGGAGGAUUCCGGGGAGGCAGAGACGGUGGUCGUUUCGGCUCCAGAGGUGGAGGCGGUCGCUUUGGCGGUCGAGGACCCCCUCGUGAUGAAGGCCCUCCGGCUGAAGUCGUAGAAGUUUCUGUAUUUGUGAAUGCUUGUGAGGGGGACGCUGUCACUAAGCUCACCAAUGAAAAAAUACCAUACUUUAAUGCCCCUAUUUACCUUCACAACAAGACCCAGAUUGGCAAAGUUGAUGAGAUUUUCGGACCCAUCAAUGAAUCCUUCUUUUCAAUUAAGAUGAUGGAAGGGAUUGUUGCCUCCUCUUAUUCAGCUGGGGAUAAGUUCUUCAUUGAUCCUGCUAAGCUUUUGCCCCUUUCCAGAUUCUUGCCUCAGCCCAAGGGAGCAGCACAAGCUGGAGGUAGAGGUGGAGGGCGCGGUGGAGGAAGGGGAGGUGGUGGCUUUCGUGGAAGAGGUGCUCCUCGCGGCAGAGGCUUUACACCUCGCGGCGGAAGAGGUGCACCCCGUGGAAGAGGUUUCACACCUCGCGGCGGCGGCGGCGGUUUUAGGGGUAGGGGAAGAUCAUAG